AGAUUCUUUGAGUAUAUAUUGCUCUAUAAAGAAGCAGUGAUGUUUCAGAUCGAACAAGUUACAAAACUUUGCUCGAAGAUUGCUCUGACAGAGCCAUGGGAUCCGUAUGAUAUUCCUGCCAAUUCAACUUAUGAAGAUCAGUACUACAUCGGGGGACCUGGAGAUGAAAUUAUGGUACAGGAAUGGUCUGACAGAAAACCAGCCAGGAAACUGGAAUCCUGGGUCGGCGUUUACACAGUCAAAGACUGUUACCCAGUACAGGAAACCUAUACGAAGAACUCCAGCGUGACAACCUCCACGCGCUUUUUUGAUCUACAGAUGGGCAUCGCAGACCCUUCGGUGUUCACCCCACCCAGCACCUGCCAGACAGCCCAGCUGAGGAAGAUGAAAGAUGAAUGCUGAUUAUGGACACUGGCUGCCCCGGGCAAACAAAUAUUAGCCAAGAGGAGAGUUAUUAAUAGUCAGCUGCUGACGUCUAACCUGAUUUUUCAAGCUUAUUGUUGUUCUUUUGGGAAAUUUAAGUUUUCGCUUGAAAGAGAACAUAAACAUUUAACUGGGUAAAACAUGUAACAGAAAAGAUCUUUUUCGUCACAUUAAUCUGUCCAGUGAUGCACUUGCAGCCUUAUAUAUUUACCACAGGUAAUAUUUAUAGAUACUAUUUAUUUAAGCUGUGGCUGAUUUUCCUGUUGCAGAGGUUUCAAUGUUUAUUUUUUUCAAGAAGACAAAGCAUAAGCAGACUGCAAUAGUGGCAACAUCAAGAAGGAAAAGCUAGAUUUUGCUGCUGUUACUUCUGGGGACUGGAGGGAAGGGGAGAUGUGUCCUGGGUAAGACUUCAUCCCUAACCAAAAAAUGCCCCAUUUUAAACAAUGUACAUUGAAAGUAUGGAAACUCAUUCUCUUGGUUUUGUUUUCAUUUGUGGUUUUGGUUUUAUUUUUCCUUUCUGCUCUUCAGGAAGCGAAUGUUUGAGCUGAUUUUUGUUUUCCGUCUGAAAAGAAACUGGAGUGGCUCUAUUCAUGCUAUCAUCUGACGUGCAAAAAAUCCUUUUUUGUUUCUUGAGAGAAUGAUGUGGAAGAAGAGAAGGAGGGAGACGGGCAUCCUCCAAAAAGCUAGCCCAAAUUUGAUUGCAUUUACUGAAGUUUGAAGUGUUGCAAUAGGGUGCGAGAAGACGUUUUUCAAUCAUGUUUUACUUUAGCACCCGCUUUUCAAGGCAAUACUAGUUUUAACCUAUGCAAAGAGAUUAAGAGGUACCCUACACUUAAAUGGCUUUAAUCUUUGGGAACUCUUUUCGGAAGUCUUCCCUUACUCAAAGAGUAUCAAAACACCUUUGUAAUGCCAGGUAGAAGUGAGGAAAAAGGUGUUCUUAAUACAUAAUCAGUAAAGGCUAAAUCAUUGUUUACGUAGUGCCUGGCGAUGUGGGCAGAGAGAGAGGCAGGGCUGUGCCACACAGUGGUGUGGGACGGUGGGAGGAGGAACGGGAGAGGUUUUGGGUGUCUCUGUCUGGUGUGAGUGCAAGGCACUGCAAUCUAAGCAGAAAUGACAAUCAUCUUGCUUUCUUUUGCACCCCCUCCGCUGAUGCCUGCUGUAUGUGCUCUUCAGCCAGCAUUUCAAACCUUAUCUAUCAUCUCCGCAUCAUUUUCUGGCAGGUGGAACGAGAGUUUCCUUAUGGGAAACAAAUAAAUAACCAAAACAAGCACAGAAAUGCACAUAUUUUGCUUUACAAAUUCCAAACCAAGUCUUCAUGCACCUUCAGGCCCUCAGAAGCGUGGAAUGGUGGUGGGUUUUGCACUUUGGCCAAAUGAAAUGAAUUGCUUUGUUCUGUAAGUCUAGGCAUGAAUUUUAUUUAUUAUUUGCAACUCUGUUUAAAACCAGAUUCUUGUCCUCAUACACGUGUCGGGUAGUAGUUUGCUCUAGAAGUUGUCUGGCUGAAAACAGCACGACACAGGGAAGCCUGGUGUGGUUUUUGGGCAGAGUUACCAAGUUCUAUCGCUUCCUCAGCGGCUGCUGGACUCUAUCCCCAGAAACAGAUUUAUUUUUCAGGACAACUUUUAGUGAAGAGAAAUGAUCCAAUUUGACCAUGAUAGAAAGUCCUGCAUAAAUAGGAUACAUAAUUUCCUGGCCCAUAGUACCAUGUCUGACAGAAAACUGUUAAGCUUGCACCGUUUCUGGAGGAGAGAUGCUGGGCAGGCUUCUAGUGCUUUGUACGCUCACAGCUUUUUGUGCAUGAGCAAGGGGUACAGUGGAUAUUUUGCUUUCACAGUUGUGGUCAGAAUGGCAUUUUACUUAUUAUCUUGUGCCCAAUGAGAGCAUAUACCUGCUAAAAUUCAGGUAGUUCAUUAAAAAUUUUCUCUCGGACAUCACCAUUUCAGUGAAACACGCUAGGGGGAAGAAGGAUUGGGUUUCCUUGAAUGUAGGGUGCAUUUUGUCUGCACUUGCCUUCUGUACUUUUUGUGACAACCUAAAUGUUAACUGCAUAUUGUUCUCAUUAGGGCCAUGAUUAACAGGCAUUUCUUAAUAUGUGUCUUGUUAGAAUCUGGAAAAUAUAAUAAAUCUGGCUAGCAAACAUGAAA